AGAGGCACUGAGUGAAGACCUCAGACUCUCAGAGAGGAACUGUGCUGGACACAUAAGGACAAGCCCCAAGGAAGGAAGGUGGAACUGUGUCCUUCCCACAAGACCCAGUAGCUAUGAAACGCCCCCUGAUCCUGCCCCUUCUCUUGCUGGGGACAGUUUCUGCUCUUCAUCUAAGGAAUGAUGCCCCCGAACCGAAGAGCCUAGAGACAGCAGCAGACCUGAGCCAGGAUCUGGAAGGUUCAGGGGAGCAGGAGGGAGAGCUGGCCCUGGCUGAGAAGGUGAUUCAGUCAGAGGGAGAGGAGGUAGAGUCUUUUUGGUAUGAAGACGCCCUUGAGGAUGAGGAAGCCAUGGACUCGGACCCAGCUGCCUUAGACAAGGAUUUGCAGUGCCCCAGAGAAGAGGACACAGUUCAAGUGCUGGGCAGCCCUGGGUGCAAGAGCUGCCACAACCUGUUGGUGCAGACCCCCAGGACAUUUAGAACAGCCCAGAAUAUCUGCAGGAGGUGCUACCGGGGCAAUCUUGUCUCCAUCCAUAACUACAGCUCCAACUACCGCAUCCACCUUAUAACCAGGAGGAUCAACCAGGACCGGGUUUGGAUUGGAGGCAUCAUCAAGGGCUGGUUCUUGUGCAGGAGGUUUCGCUGGACUGAUGCGAGCCGCUGGAAUUUCGCAUACUGGGCCCGAGGGCAGCCUAGGAAUGGGAGAGGCCGCUGUGUGGCCCUACGUACCAGAGGGGGCCGCUGGCAACGAACUCCAUGCAAAAGGCAUCUGCCCUUCGUCUGCUCCUUCUAAGCCAGUGGCAAUGACACCCUCCCUCGCAGCCCCCUCUCUUCACGCGCUCCUGGCUGCCCCUGUCUCACCCUUGGCAGUGGACUCACCCCCCACCCUUUCCU